AUGCGCCGAUAUUCCUCAAGCUCUUCACUUCAGCGAGCCUCUUCCAUUUCUGAAGUUCGAUCUUAUGAACAAUUCGAGUCCACUUCAAUCCAAGUCCCAGUCAAAAUCAAGAGCUCAGAUAGAGACGAAAAAACAUCAAUUCUUAUUUUUCAAAUUUCCAUGAACCAGAUACAAGGCACCCACCACUUUGCUCUUAAUAUAGAAAUUACAGAUGAAGCAGACCCAUUCUUUUUAUAUGCACUUGAGCUUGAUGAACAAGGAUUCCAUGUAAUAAAGCAAGAACAAUUACUGCAUGUAGAUUUCCUUACAUUCCCUCACAAUAUAUUAGAACUUUUAAGGCUUUGUAUGAAACCUUAUGAGGACAAGUACAGCUGCUCCAUUCAAAAAGCAUCAAAUCAAGAGGCAACUCUAAGAAUCAAUGAAAAUAACAAUAUGAGAGAACUCAACCAUUUAGCUUUGCGUUUUCGUAGCGCAAAUGAUGAAAUCAUCAAGGCGCAUUUACUUCCCCUUGCAUGGGUAAUUAAGAUUUUAUGUUCGCUGACAAAGAGGAAUUAAUUUUGUAAUAAAUUUUAAAAAAUCCCAAUCUGCAAUAUUAAAGUAAAAAUGAAUUUAAUUAGUAUUAGAAUCGUUUAAAAAUUUAAUAGAAUUAUAAUCUAUGAAUAGUUUUAGAUUGCUCUGGGACAAUAACUAUAGAGGCAAAGUAGUGAGCUGAAAAGUCAGACUCAAAAUGACAAAUACUUUUUUAUGCAAACUUCAUGUUUGGCUUGGCAAACAGAACCUAUAUAUAAAAUUUGCCAAAUUAUAUCUAUAAUUGUCAGAAAAAUGGAGUUUGUAAUUGCCAUUUGACUGCGAGAUCACCCUCCUCUGUAGAUGGGUUUUGCCCUGCUAAAAGAGCUUUUUUCUGUCACAGAACCUAGCCACGGGUGUCCUGGAGAGGAUCUAGACAAAGCGGCUGGAGCAGAAUCUUAACUUAGCGUAAGUAGACGGGCUCAUGCCCUUAAUUUUAACGCAAUCACUGAAGAUCCCUUGGGGGAUUCCUCCGCUUUGCGACCUUCCUUCCGUUGGGUCUCCUCCUUGUCUCUUGUAAAAGACUCCAGUGUUGAGUGGGCAGAUUAGGGGUUUAUGCGGCCUCCUGAGGCUUAGGGAAAACGAAGCUGGCAUUCCGAAACCCCAAAAAAUGGAGUUUCUGGUAGCCUGUCGGCAAAAGGGCGAAGUCCAGAUCCUAGGACGUAGCGCCCAGUUUCACGCUAGGCAGUUGCCCGAUGGGUCCAGGUGUUACCUGUAGACCUUGCUGGGCUUGCCUUUUCCAAAUCUGAACCCUCCUUUCCUUCAGGGUAAAAACUAGUCUCGAAGUUGGACUUGGGCUAGGCUCUGCUACCUGCAGAAUUGGUUACCGUAGAAUUGCUGUCCUUUUCAAGGCUAGAAAAACCUUGCCGGAUAUAAUUAAAAUAUGAGUCGAGGAUGUAUGGCCGUGAGGCCAUACCUAGUCGAAGACGCCAUAUUUUAAUUAUAUGGCUGGAGCAGAAUCAAUGAAGGCUUAGAUUGAACAGUAGUGACCAAAUCCAAAGCCUACGAUUCUGACGUUACGGGCAGUCCACGUGCCACCGGGAAAACAACCAAGAGCUAACCCUGGAAACCUAGAGGAUAGGAACCGUAGAGCAAGUCAUAAGUAGCUGAGACGCCCUAGAGUGAGUCCAGUCGUUUCUGAUAGGUAUACCGACCAGAAUUCUGAUCAGAGAUUAAGCACAUAUAAGUAUAUAAGACUUGUGAGAUCACUACUUUAACUCUUAAUGUAUUGCUUCUCAGCGACCUAAAAGGGUUCUCGAGCUAUAGCUAGAGAUUUCAUCGCAAUAAUUUUACGUAUAUAUCAAAUUAUUGCAUAUAAAACCUUAUAUAUUAAAAUUUUUUUUUCUUUGCUCACAUAAGGUAUAAUCUAAAUUUUAUUAUUUGCUUAUGACAGGUUUAGCAAAAAAUUUAAAAGAAUUCAAGGCUAGAAGCGAGGACUGGGAAUCGAAAUUCCACAAAUGCGAAGAAGCGCUUGAGCUAAGGAGCGCUGAAUUUAAUGACAUAAGAAGACAAUAUGAAAAACUGUUUGCAGAUUGUGAAAGAAAAAUAGAAGAGCAAAAGCUGCAAGGGCAGGCUGAUUGUCAAACAAUAAGGCAGCAAAUGCUUGAUACUCAAAGAACAGCUCAAAUGCGCUAUGAAGAAGAAAAAAAAUUUGCCUCAGAAAGAUACGAACAAAAAAUAAACGAGCUUUCAAGCAAGCUAGAACUAUACCAAAAUAAAUCAAAUGAGCUGACCGGAAAUAAAAGCUCCCUCGAAGGCCGAGAAAGAGAGCUUACAUCCAGAGUUCAAUCCCUUGAGCAUGAGCUUGAGCUUGCAUUAAACGAGCUUAACCUAUUACGAACCUCCAAUAAAACAUUAGAAACCACCAAAUUCGAGCACGAGAAAUCUAUCACAGAAUUCAAACUGAGAAUGCAACACUUAGAAAGGCAGCUGCAAGAUAAAGAAGAAAUGAACCAAAAACUAAACUCUUUAAUAGAAACUAACAAUGUGGUAAGGACACAGCAAGAGGACAACACAUCUAUGCUUAAAGCUACAAUUAUGAAGCUUGAAGAUAAAUUACACCAAAGUGCUGGAGAAAUAAAUAAAGGAAACUCAAUAAUUCAAAAGCUGCAAAGCGAAAUAAAAACAGGGAAGCAAAAAUUAAAAUUAAAAAAUACAGUGGUGCUCCAGCAGGAAAGUAUAAUACAGCAGAAACAAGAGUUUUUGGAUAAUGCUGAUAAAAGUAUUGCUGAGAUAAAAAGAGAAUUGGUGAGGAAAGAUGAUUUGACGAGGAACUUGGAAGAAAAAGAAGCGAAUUUAAAAGCACAAUUGGCUGAUGCGCAGGCGAAACUGCAGACUAAUCAUGAUUUAAUACAGUUUUUGAAUUCGAAAUUAAAUGAAGCGGAAAAGGGGAAAAUCGGGUAUGUUUCGAGCUAUAAACCAAUUACUGCUCCUAGCCCUAUUCAGACAUUUAAGCCGUCUGGUUAUACUUUUGAAACUAUUAAACCAGCGCCCAGGUCACCUUUAUUGAAUGCUACUAAUACUAUUUCAGGGUCGACAACUCCUGAUACUGAUAAUUUUACUAAAUUCUUGGAACCAAUCAAAAAUAAUCCUUAA